AAUGAAUAAAAUUGAUGACAAAUGACUAUUAACAAAUUAAAUGUCUACAAUUGUACUGUUUCUUAGAGUUUAAAAACAGUUCUUUCGAAAAAUAAAAAUUUUAUUGCGCGUACACAUUACAUUUUCUUUUUAUUAAUUAAUGUAAUUGACGAUAGAUGGGGUCAUUAAUAGAUUGUCGACAAUCUAUAAUGUUGUUAUCAUGAGUACAAGUAGUUUUAAGAAUGUUUUUACUAGAAAAGCAUAUAAUGAUAAGGGAAUAUUGAUAAUUGUUAUCAUUUUAUCAGUGCGUCAAUUACUGUCAAUGAGAACAUGCUUAUGCACACAGAUACAAUUUUCAGCAUCGUCAGCAUCGUAAACAACAAUAGAUAUCGUCGAUGUGUGUGUAGCUUGCUCGUUCGUUUGGUUGACAAUCGCGAUGUGAUGUAUUCUAUCAUUGCAUGUUGAGUUAUAUUUUCAACAAAAUCUUUUAAUUUCAGUAUCAGUUAGUCAAUUAAUUUCUAAAUGUUUUCUUUUGUUGUGACUCCCUUUUCUUGUUUUGAUUUCUAAAUAUGUGUAAUUUGCCGCCGAAGUUCCAUUCAGUGUGUCGCCUUUGUUUAUCAUUCUGUGGCGAUAAUUGCAGUGAUGUUAAACUUCCAAUAUUCGACCGUGAUAAGGAUAAAUCACAUCUGUCCGAUAUGAUAAGGACGUAUUUAUCAAUAAUGGUGUACCCAGGAGACUUGCUACCUCAGGUAGUGUGUGGGAGCUGUGCACAUAAACUUGACGAAUUCCAUACCUUCAGAGAAUUAUCUCAUAAGUCCGAAAGACUAUUGGAGCAGUUCUUGCAGUAUGCUAAUUCCUUGACAGGUCCUGAAGAGGAAAAUCUAAAUAUUACGGCAGCCAAAUUAGAAGAAAUAAUCAAACCACUGAAUGAGAAUGUGUUCGAUCAUGAUAAUAAACAUAGUUAUGACGAAAUGGGAUCCCCGGAUUCAACGGAAGAAAUGAAGAAUUCAGAGAGCAGACAAGCGGCCGUUGCGCUUCUCUCAAUAAAACAUUACGACCCUUCCAAAUAUGCCAUCAAACCGGAGGAAGAACCACACAUAAUGUUUAACAAUGUACCGAAUUUACCACCUCCGGAGAGAGCGAGAGAAGUGAUGCAUUGUAAUGCAGUUAUCGAUAUUAUAAGUAAAGCGGUCGCGGUUGCACAGCGAGAAAAUGAAGAGUCACAAAAGUUUCCUUCUAAUUAUACAAGCGUCAUAGAUGAUAGGACCCACACGUCAAGCGGUCGUCAAGUGAACUACCCGCAAGAAUAUUCCGAUGAACAGUACAAUGCGUACAGCACACAAAGUGCUACCAGCCCUGGCAGCAAUGACGACAAUGACAACAAGGAAAUGGAUUUGUCGCUGUAUGGUACUAUUAAAAAUGAUUCAGAUCAGAAUGAAAACACGGACCAGGAACAUAAAAAUUCAUCAUAUUAUCACAGAUCAUUAAUUCAGAAUAAAUCAUCAAACUUUGUAGAAGACUACAAGCAACAGGUCUUUGCUCGAUCGUCAAACAAAAAUAAAACAUCAAAGGAUAACUCUUCAAUUUACGAUGACUGCAGUCGGAGUAGUAGUGGCUCCGAUCCGGACAGGCUUCAGAUGGAUAUUUCCCAAAUGUCGCAGGACGACCCAGAAGAAACACAGUCAGCUCGAUCAACGCAGUCAUCGCCACAACCCCCAGCUGAUAUUGAAAACGACAAAGAAUCGUUGUGGCAAGCACUACACAAGCAAAACGGUCGCGGUGGCGAAGCAACGCAGUUAUUACGGCGGUUAAUCAACAGCAAACAUCUGAAACUAACGGUAGAUUUGACUCGUCGCGUCUGUACACCUACAUGAGUAAUGUUAGAUUUGAUUUCAUCGAAGCUGCAAACAAUUGUGCAGAAUGGCGAAUGGCAGAAUUCAAGUCGGUCGAGUGUCGCGGUCGGGCCCGCCGGCACCGCGCGCAGGAAGCAAAGCUUCCCAGCCCGAGCCCAGCCCGCCGCCGCGCCCGACCCGCCUAUCGCUAAUGCCCUUUGGUCGAAUGCACCACUUGGCGAUAAUCAAGAAGCGAUGGAGGCGUCGUCAACUGCGCAACGGGGUAGCAGUGGUGGUGGCGGAGGAGGCGCUGGCCGCGUGGAACUCUCGUGCAGCAACUGCGGCACUCACACCACAACUAUAUGGCGGCGUGAUGCGCGCGGCGAAAUGGUGUGCAACGCGUGCGGGCUGUACUACAAGUUGCACGGCGUGCCGCGCCCCACGGCCAUGCGGCGAGACACCAUACACACGCGCCGCCGCCGCCCGCGACACGACGCCAAGCACAACAGGAACAAGUCUCGGCGGAGCGGCGGUGGCAGCGGGCCAGCGGAAGCGGAGGCGUGCGCGGGCGGCGGCGGCGGGGGGGGCGGCGGCGGCGGGGGGGAGGGCGCGGAGGAGGCCGUGCUGGCUGCACUGCGGCGGCAGCUGCAGCCGCACCUGCUGGCCGCGCUGCACGCGCACACCGCGCACUCGCCCGCGCACCCGCGCCCGCAGGUGGGCCUUAACGCACCAGAGUAUGACGAGGCGCCGCUAAACUUGGUGGCGAGCCACGUGGCCGCCGAGGAGACCCACUGACUGCCCCACACUGUGAUAUCAACACGCCCCCACGCUCACUCAUCCCAGAAACCAUUCAAGUAUCAAUUUCCAUACAAGAUUAGCUCAAUUCAACCCUGCUAAUUGUGAAUCUGUUUUUAUUUACAAUCACGUUCUUCCUGAAUAAUAUUCUUUUUCCCAGUGUUGCAUGUACAUGUAUUUAUUUCUCUCACCUAAUAUUACUACGAGCAUUUUGCAAUGGUAGGAAUAAUAAAUAGAGAUAAGUAAUAAUAGUCGCCUAUUGUAAAAUGAUCGUUGUGAUAUUAUUGGAUCAAAGUAUAAACUUUAUUCAGAAUAGGGUAUAUAAUAUUUAUAAUUUAUACGAUAUAUGUACUACAUGCAACAAACACAUUAUAUUUUAGUGAUAGUAUGGCCAGUGUAACAACAAUAAUCAAAGAAUACUUGGUGUAUUCUAAGUGUUAAUAUAUUGUUUCUAAUUAUAUAUUUAGAUUUAGACUUUAUCUACUUAGUACUAUUUGGAAUUAUUAGUUAUACUUUAAGUAUAUCGGGUAUAUAAUUUUUAUAUUUAUGCAUUUUUACCAUGUGAACUAAAUAUUUUUUCGUGUUUACAAAGUUACUUAAUAAUUUUAGAAUUUGCAGAAGCCCAAAAUAGCGAUUUUGUUGUUGAGUUUCUGGUCAGUAUUAAAUGACUACAACAAUAUAUAAUAACACUUAGAAUAACCAUAUGUCAAUGUGUUUAAUGAAUCUCCACAUGACCUAAAGGUGAUAUUGUGUAACAAUGAUAUUAUUUAAAGAAGUAUUAGUCUUGAAAAGCAGGGCAUUAUGUAACCGGGUAGGGAGGGCGCAAAAGCAAUAUGCGUACGUUGUCAUUGUUAGUGCCUAUUUAUUGUAUAGAGUUGAGACCGUGACGAUUGAUGUUUCUGACAUGUGAUAUGUAUGAUUAGUAGUAUCAUGCAUUGGUGAUACAACUGUUCUCGUAUGUUCUAAUGCGCGGGAGUGACGCGAUCAGUUGUAUGUAUGUAUGUAAUUAUGUUAGUGUGCCUAUUACGUUCGAAAGGAUCGUCCGGACGGACUAUGCAUAGUUGCCAAUAUAAGAAAUCUCAUUCGAAAUAAAUUGAUAUUAUCGGGUUUUGUUGAAACCUAGCCUUACAAUGCUCUCUGAAUUGAUGAAAUUAUAUUUACGGUUACCUAUUGCAGGAAGCAAGUAUUCAUUUAGGUUUAGUUCAUUUUAAGAUAUUGUACAUUUAUUUACUUAGAAGUAGUAACACUUAUGUUAAGUUCAUAAAUUAUAGUUAUCUAAUUUAUUUCCCAUUUCGGUCAGUAUUUACAGUGUAAGUAUUUUUUUUACUUCUUUCAAGUAUUCUUUAGUUAAGUAUACAAAAUGUAAGAAGCAAUAAUGACAAACAAUUUUUAUAAAUCUCAUGUAUGAAUACCAUAUUAGAGAAUAGGAUUUAAUA